GAGCCACAUUUGACCAAAAAAAAAAACGGGGGCGCACAAUAUAGCGGUUCUGCUAGAAACGGGGAAGGAGCUUGCAGAGGCUGAGUAGUGUGGGAAGAUAAUUGCAUAAAGGAAAUAGCACAAGAUUGAAGGGAAGGAAAAUGGUGUUUGGGCAAGUAGUAAUUGGCCCACCUGGUUCUGGCAAAACAACUUACUGCAAUGGCAUGUCUCAGUUCCUCAGUCUUAUUGGAAGGAAGGUUGCUGUUAUCAAUUUGGAUCCUGCUAAUGAUUCAUUACCCUAUGAAUGUGCUGUGAACAUUGAGGAUCUCGUGAAACUAAGUGAUGUAAUGGUGGAACAUUCUCUUGGUCCAAACGGGGGUCUUGUGUAUUGUAUGGAUUAUCUAGAGAAAAAUAUUGACUGGUUGGAAGCAAAAUUGGAACCUCUUCUUAAAGAUCAUUAUCUACUCUUUGACUUUCCUGGUCAAGUGGAACUCUUUUUUCUUCAUUCAAAUGCCAAGAAUGUCAUCAUGAAACUCAUAAAGAAGUUGAACCUAAGGUUAACUGCGGUGCAUUUGAUUGAUGCCCACCUGUGCAGUGACCCUGGGAAGUAUAUUAGUGCAUUGCUUCUAUCCUUAUCCACAAUGCUACAUCUGGAACUCCCCCACAUAAAUGUCUUGUCAAAAAUAGAUUUAAUUGAGAGCUAUGGAAAGCUAGCCUUUAACCUUGAUUUCUAUACUGACGUGCAAGACUUGUCAUAUUUACAAUACCAUCUUGAUCAGGAUCCUCGUUCUGCCAAGUACAGAAAGCUUACGAAGGAACUAUGUGAAGUUAUUGAAAACUUCAGUCUUGUGAGUUUUUCGACCUUAGAUAUUCAGGACAAAGAAAGUGUAGGGAAUUUAGUGAAGCUGAUAGACAAAAGCAAUGGAUACAUAUUUGCUGGCAUAGAAUCAAGUGCAGUUGAAUUUAGCAAAAUUGCCGUUGGCCCUCUUGAUUGGGAUUAUUAUAGAGUUGCAGCGGUGCAAGAAAAGUACAUGAAAGAUGAUGAAAAUAUUGAUUAGGAUGAUUGAUGGAGAUAUUAAGUAAAUGAAAGAAAAAGAUACGAUGCUUGUUGUGACUCCCAUUUCAGAUAUUGCACAGGUUAUUUAUUGUGACAGUUUGGAUUUCUCGUCUUUACGGUAAUGAAGAUCAUGAAAAUGUAGUGGAAGCAGCAGAGCUACCAGCUACUUAAUGCUAUUAGCUAAUUCUGGGUCUGUCCAACUGCCAAAUUUGGCUAGCUUGUUUAGUUUUUAAGUUUGAUAUGUACAAUAUCAUGAAGAUCAGAAGCCUACAUCCUAGUAGUCCUGAAUGAGAUUUUCGUUUGUUCUGAGGUUAAUUCAUUUUAAUUUUUGCGUUCAGCAUAGAUGUUUUCUCAUUGUUGGAGAGUGUGAGCAAUGUGUAUAGGAAUUAGUCAAUAUUUAUGCUGGAUGACUG